AUGUUCUCGCGUAGCGCAUGGACCCGUGCGAUGACGUCACGUGCGGCGCUCACGACGCUGGGCCUCGCCCCCUCGGCGGACAUCACCCACGCCCAUGUGAAGAAGGCGUACAUUGCGCAAACGCUGCGCUGCCACCCCGAUCUAUGCCCCGACGACCCUGACGCCACCGAGAAAUUCCGCCGUCUCUCUGAGGCCCUCCGCGUCGCGCUGAAGUCCCUUGAAAUGCGCCGCCCUGCAGGAGCUACCACGACGGCUGCGUCGUAUGAUUCACAGAGUGUGCUGGAUGCGCUGCGGCAUGCCAUCGCGGCGUACCACACGUACCGGGACGCCGCAAAUGAGGGAAAGCGCAGCAACGAUAAUGUGCGGCAAGACCCAUUUUUCUCCCCCUCUCUGGAGUACGUGUCGUCUGUGUGUCAGACAGAGGCCGCUGCGAUGCGGCGUGUGAAGCAGUUCUGCAAUGAGCUUCCAGAGGUAUUGUGUGGGAGAUCGUGUGUGCUAUUUGAGGCUGUGGCGUUCUUCAAUGCGAGGUAUGUCGAGGCGAUGUCACACUGCGUCCUGCGCUUUUCGAAGAAUCUUCCUAUCAUUGUCAGUCGUGUGGUGAAGGGGCGAAAAAAAUACGUGCGCUAUACGCACACCAAGGCGAACGCGGGGGUCGGGACGGGUAGCCGGCCCCGUGAGCAGCGCAUUGAGGACAUGGCAAUGAAGCCCCUCGUUCUCGUUGGUGCGCUUCUCUUUGACCAGGAUCCAAAAUUCAAGGCUGCUACUGAUUGCUCAUAUAGUCAAAAGGGAAGCGAAGCACAGCCCAAUACUCAUGGCAGCAGCAGCAACAAGAACAACAACAGAAGCACAUGUGGUGCCGUCUCACGGGAGGAUAUUCAGAUAUGUGAGGAACUUAUAUGUACCAUUUAUCCAUCGGAUUCAAUUGGUAACAUCACAGAGAAAAUAGGGGUUUGGGAAGCAGCGAGCUAUGAGCGUUUACAGUUGGAAUUAGCGAUGGUAGACACCACAUCCAUUCUCUCCAGUAUGCUAGAUCUUAAUGAGCACUGUCUUGCGGUAAUGCAUCAUUUGCACCUUCCAAAGGAUGUGUCUGAGAAAGUUUCCCUCACGCUACAAAAGCUGGUAUGUGGUUUGUGUUAUCAUUGUGACGAAAAACCUCAAGGAAACGAGGGUGAUACCAGUUAUGAUAACCCUGACAAACAAUACGGAUGGAGAAUAGCUGAUGGGAUCAAUCGAUGUCGGUAUUUGGCCCGCGCAACGGCGCCCCAUAUUGAAGGUAACAUCACAUUAAUGUGGGACAAUAACACACCACUAGUGGAGAACACGGAGGAAGUUGCGGUGGGAGAUGAUGGCGAUGAUGGACCGAUGUGGAGGCGUACCAACGAGACGGAUGACAAGAAUAACAAUCACAUCAACAAGGACUACGUGGUUGUGCGUCACAUGUCAUGCUGCACUGCCGAAAUGAUACGUUACGCGGUAUCUGUGAAGUUGUCCAAAGACCUCGGGGAAUUCCUUAGCCGCCUGGUGGCUGCAUUGGAGGUGGUACUUGAGCAGGCCGAUGCCUCCGCUUCCCUGUUGUCGAAACUCCUCGAGGUGAGAGAAAAAGUCGUAAAAGAGGAGUUUAUUCCACUACAAGAACUGCAGACCAAAGAUGGUGGGGCAGUUUCGGUGGAUGACAAGGCGGGAGCCGGCAAUGAGGCGGAGGAACCGAACACCGAUGGCGUGACAACAAAUAUGGAACCAUGUAGUUGUGGCGUUCCAUUAAGGCAUAACUAUCGUGGCGAAGUCGAACAUGACGGCAAUGCUGUAAAGGAAGAGGAGGAUGAGCACAUCGAGUAUCGGUAUCGGGGACCAAUUCGUUGCUUCCCGCGUAUAUUUUCCAUGAAUACAUCCGAGGAAUAUGCUUUUUGGCGGCAUGUACACGAGCAUCGUGUCUAUUUGGCGCCGCACGUUCCUGCAAUGAACGCCGUCAACGUGUAUUACAAUUGUUUCCCAUACAAGCCACACCCACAUGCCGCGCACCAUGAUGAACGCCCAUCGGACGGGGAGGUGCUUGCCGGAUGGGUUGGGGAGGGUGAGGAUGGGACGGAUGAUGUAGUCAUUACCCACGUGGAGAUGGAAAACGGCGCCGCCUUUCGAGAGUGGCUCGAGGAAAUUGUGGAACAGUCCUCGCUCAAUAAGGAAUGCAACCGAAUAGUGAGUGAGGCUGGGGUUGGCUAUGUCACGAGAGAACCAACACUUCCACUCCCACAGUACCUCUCCUUUGUGAAGGUUUUCUGUGGAGCAGCGGGUGUGCGUGGGAUCCUCGAGCGCAAGGCGGGAAAGACACGCAUGGCGACGCCGGAGGAGACGGGUCUGACGAUCGUCGUUGGGACAGAGUGUGACGUGCGUGACGGCGGCCGUCUGCUUGUGCCAUGGUGGAUGGAUCCAUCCGUGCUGGUAGCCCUCCUCCACGACAACACGGACGGUCAGGUCUCUUUGAUUGAAGAUGGCACUAAGGCGGCACCCCACGGGGGCUAG